GCCAAACACAGCGGCCUUUUACCACAUGAUCAGCAGAUCACCGGGCACUGAUGAUAAGUGCCCUGAUGAUCAGUGCCCAGCAUUGCCACCCACCAGUGCUGCCCGCCUGUGCCCAGCAGUGCCACCCACCUGUGCCCAGCAGUGCUUAGUAGUGCCACCCACCUGUGCCCAGCAGUGCAAUCCACCAGUGCCCAGCAGUACCCCCACCCAUCAGUGCUUCCCAGCAGUGCCACCCAUCAGUGUCACCCAUCAGUGCCACCUAUCAGUGUCCAUCAUUGUUGCAUAUCAGUGCAGCAUCAUCCCGCCUCAUCAGUGCUAGCUCAUUAGUGCCACCUAUCAGUGCCCAUCAGUG